AUGAACAACAGCAGCGCUGGAGGAUCGGAUAGCAGGGUGUCUCCUCCCCAACAUCAGCAACAAUGGAUUGAUAUCCAAUUAAACACAUUUUCCAAUUGGAUUAACGAGCAGAUGCAAAGCAAUGUGAUCAAAAACUUAUCAGACGACUUAGCCGACGGAGUUCUAUUAAUAAGGCUUGUAGAGACAUUACAAGGUCGCCGAUAUUUUGGAAAGGUGUAUGAUGAGAAUCCAACUGAGAUACAAAGACUCAUGAAUGUUCAAAUGGCUCUUGAUGCCCUUCGGGAAGACGGAGUUAAAACAGUUAAUAUAGGAAGCCACGAUAUAGUAGAAGGAAAUACCAAGCUCAUUCUUGGCCUAAUAUGGUGCUUAGUACAACGAUACCAGAUUGCUUCGCGUACCAAGAUACCGCCGAAGAAGCUGGUCAUGGCUUGGAUUCAGUCGGUCUUGCCGGAACUUAAACUUGUUAACUUUCGAACAAGCUGGAAUGAUGGAAAAGCAUUGUCUGCCUUAUUAGAAUAUUGCCAACCUGGUCUUUGCCCGGAAUGGUCAAGACUUGAUAGUAGGAAUGCGAGAGAGAACUGUGCUCGAGCAUUAGAACUCGCAGAACAAUACCUAGGAGUUCCUCAAAUUUUAUCUGCUGACCAUUUGUCAUCUAUUCAUUUGGACGAGCUUUCAUGUAUAACAUAUCUUUCAUAUUUUAUUAAACGUGAAGGUCCCGGAUACCGAGCCACACUUCAACGAGCCCAAUUGAUGCUACCUGAAUGUGACGUGCAAGAUUUUGAUAUAUCAUGGAGUGAUGGAUACCUUUUCGCCCUUUUGAUUGAAGCUGUCGGAGGACAGGUUCCGGAUUUCGCUAGAAUGAGUUUCGAGUCUUUCAGAGAUUGUGUAGAUAAUAUAACUUCAUGUCUUGAAUCAGCACUACAACUAGGUGUAGCAUCUUUAGUUGGAGCUGACGAUUUAGCUGAUCCACAAGGAGAGCAUCUAGGUACUAUGGCAUUAGUAGCAGCAGUUUUAGCAGUUGGACCUCAACAAAGUCUUUCUGUAACGCAAUGUUUCACAAACCAACAGGUGAACUUGGACUUGGCAUUUGCCGAAGGCAGUGAGGUACGAGUCGAUGAGCUUGAUGUACAAGUGUUAGGUCCAACUGGCAUUAUAUUAUCGAAUCAAUCUCUUCGACUACGUAAGAGCCGUACAGUUCAUGGAGCUGUACUAUCAUUGGUUCCAUCUGAUCCUGGAUUUCAUCAGGUGCGUAUAUACUGUCAAGGAGCUGAGCUUCCUUCCUCACCUAUAUCCUUACGUGUGCUUAGCACAGAGGAUUCACGUUCACCAUCAAGAGUAACAACAAGAGCAACAUCCUCAAUUUCCUAUAAAGCUCAAUCUGAAAGUCAGCACUCACAAAGCAGUACUGUUCACGAAAGCUCUCAUAAUCAGCCAUCUUCAUCACACUUCCCAGUUCAACAAGCAGUCGUAGGAGUUGAAAGCAGGCUAGGUCCCAACUCAUCUGUGAAAAACGCUGACAGGAAACCAUCGUCGAUAGAACGGUCUCUUUCCGAAGCGUCUGAUAUAGAUAUAUCACAUAAAUCAUUCGCCCAACGCCGUCUACAUAUCAUAAAGCAGCUUGAAGCCCAGAAUCAUCCGCUAAGAGAUCAGCGUUCACCUACUACUCAAACGAAUCAACAACAACAUAAUAGAUCCUACUCAACUAAGAUACCGGUUACACUAGAAGCAUCUGCUCAUCACGAAAUGCCAUUAACAGAUCCAAAAGAAACUAGUAAACCCAGUGACAUAGGUCUUGUUAGUUUUUCGGGCUUAACAGAACCAUGUUCAGUUGGAUCGAUAGUCGAAGUUGUGAUCAAUGCACAUGGAGAUACUGCAAGUACAGGAUCUGUAUAUGUUGAUGCUGUAGCACCAUCUGGACGUGUUAUCAAUUGUGAUGUACAUAGACGACAAAACAGUUUUAUGGCUACAUUCACACCUACUGAAAUUGGUCUCUGGAGAAUCGGAAUAUUAUACGAAGGAGAUCAUAUUCGUGGUAGUCCAUUUACUUGCCAAGUAUUUGAUCCUAAUCUUGUAAACGUAUACGGAUUAGACGUUGGUCUAGUUGGACAAGAGUUAAGAUUCACUGCAGACGCCAGUCAAGCUGGAAGUGGACAAUUGACGGUUUCUGUUUUCCGUCACGGACGUGAAAUUGAAAGUUUUGUUGAAGAACAAGGAAAUUCUCGCAUAUAUAGAAUUAAUUUUGUGCCUGACGGAGCUGGACAGUAUAAGAUUCACGUUAUAUUCAACAGAAUGGAGGCUAAAGGUUCUCCUUUCAUUUUGGACAUAGCAGAUGCUUCAUCUGUUAGUGUUUAUGGAGAGAAUCUUAGAAUGGCUUCAGUUGGAAAUGAAGCGUCUUUCAUGAUCCAUGCUGUUGGAGCAGACUGUAGAGAUAUUGGAGUCUUUAUCACAGGACCUUCGGGAAGAGUUCACAACGCUAGAAUAUUGCAAGUGGAUGAUGUUACGUUCAAAGUUAUUUGGAUUCCCAAAGACCCUGGUGAGCACACAAUAGAUAUUCGUCUGUUCGAUCAAAGUGUCUACGAUUCACCAUACAUUUGUAAUGUUGGUGCUCCGGAUUUAGUUGAUGUUCGCGCAAUGCCAAGAAGAAUACAGGCUAAAGACUUGUACACGGAUCAUAGCUUCGAAAUUGACGCUUCUUCUGCUGGUUCAGGAAACUUAGAAAUUAUGAUCAAUGGGGGACGCGUACCUUGCCGAGUCAAAGAGAUUGGUACUCGUCAAUAUAUGGCCAUUUUCACUCCUACGCAGUCCGUUACGCAUAGUAUUGAAAUGAGAUUCAAUGGAGAGGAAAUACCAGGUAGCCCAUGGAGGAUUCCAGUAGAAGAAAGAGCCGAAAGACGUCCUGAUAUGGCACGUACAAUAUCUUACUAUUCUGAGUUGUCAGGACCAGGACUAGUACGUGCGCCUGUUGGACAUUCAGCUUAUUUUGACAUAACUGGAGAAGGAUUAGAAGAAGUAGACAUUCAAACUAAAAUCUUUGGACCAGACGGGAAAGAAUAUCCCAUAAAGCUAGUACAGAAAGGCUCAGGGAAAUUUACUGCUGAGUAUCAAAUCGAACAGGUUGGAGAGCAUCAAUUGACUGUUUGGAUUGCGGGUAGAAAAGUAGAUGGCAGUCCAUUAUCAGUAGCUGGCUAUUCAUCUCAAAAAGUACGAAUUGAGCCAUUAGGAGGUGGUGCUGUCGGACAACCUGUACAGUUCGUCGUUGAUGCUGUUGAAGCUGGCAAAGGUCAAUUAGAGAUCUCUGUGAAUCAAGGAAGAGUUCCAAACAAUGUUCAAAUGCAAGGAGCUGGAAGAUGUCUAGUAACGUUCAUUCCUCAAAAAGCCGGAACGUAUGUGAUUGAUGUAACGUUUAACGGAGAACAGGUUCAAGGUUGCCCUAUCCGUGUGGAAAUUCUUCCAAAGCAAGUUGGUCAGACUGUUCAAGCCAACCUUACUCCAACUGCCGUGUCUACUGCUGUUUCAGCAGAUGGAUCGAAAUCAAUAAGUUCUCAACUACGGGAAAAUACUACUGGUACAUCUCCAACGUCAGCAUCGAUACUCAGUCAUGCCAGACAACGUAGUGAGGAAAAAAGAUCGACUGAAGGUCCAAAAAGUGCUAACAUCAUGAAAGACAUUAGGGGAAGAUCAGAACAACCUUGGAAAUCGUCGUUCGGUCCUACUUCACCUACCUCAUCUCGUCUUAGCUCCUCAUUGUCUCCCCAAAGAGAAUGGGCUGGUUCAGCUAUUUAUGAUAAGAUAUAUGGAAACACAGCUAGAACACUAUCACCUUCUGACCCAUCAAGAACUCGCAUUAUAUCUGAGACAACGACAACUACUACUACUAUUCGCAGAACACCCUCACCCAGCUUGGUCGGAGUCCGAUCACGCGAGUUCGCCGAGAGGCAAUUAAGAACUCCAUCACCUUCUUUGGCUCAAGAUCGCAAUACUACUAGUCCUUUCACUAUUAAGACUUCCUCUGAACGAGAUUACAGAUCACCUUCACCUGCUCGAGACAGAGAGGGAAGCCGUACUGAUCUACGAUCACCUGUUCGUGAGACUCCCUCACCUUCAGUUGGUGAGCGGGUUAAGCGAAUUGAAAGAAUCGAUCCCAUUGGAGAUGAAGAGGAUAGAGAAAGAAGACGUCAGAUACCUGUAGAUGUUGAGAAGAAUCAAUCUACUGUGGGAUACACCGUUGCUCAAUAUGGAGAACCAGGCGUUAGACAUUUUGGAGACACCCUCGAGAAGAAAACCACACCUGUAGUGCCACAUGCGGCCACCGUUUUUGAGAGAACUGAGAAAGUGAAGGAGCAAGUUCUUCGUCGUGAACCAAGUCCACCUCGAUCUGAACCUCCCAAAGAUAUCGACGUUGGUAGAUACAGAUCUCCUAGCCCUCCUCCAGAUUAUGAUAACCGGCCAUCAAGUACAACUUACAAGAAGUACGAGCCACAAUACUUCGAGACGACCACAACCACUACGUCUAUGACAUCUCCCCAUAGGACAUGGCAGCAAGAGAAUACUGAAAGACAUUACGAGGAAGUUCCUGCUACAACCACCGAAGGAUUGAAGUCUAAAGAAGACAUGGCUUAUAGAGCUCAUUCUUCAUCUCAUAUGCCUAUUCAGUCUAUUCUCAAGAGAGAUGACCCUGCUAGUCAAGGUUUCUUGAGAACUCAAUCAGAGCUCAUCAAUGCCAAAGAAAACGAACAGGCACCACCUUUACAUCGUGCUGAUGAGCAUGAACUCAUCUAUGAUAUGCCACCAGCAGAUGAUGAAGACGAUAGACUGAAGACAGAUCAUCAUGACGAAGGAAAGAAGAGUCUGCCAAACUUAGGCCGAAGACCAAUUCAUGACCAAUCUGUGGAAAUUGAUGAACCUCUAGACGAGGAUAUUAAUGAUCCAAUCGAAGUUGCUGAGUCGCAAACACAUGUACAAUCAUUAGAGCCUGUUAACGAGCUCCCUCACUCUCCAGCUCCAUCUGCCCCAACCACUCCAGCUACAACUCCUAAAGUUUCUGCUAAAUUCAAGAAAGAGGGAAAAGAAGUUAAGCCUUUUGAUUUUGGAAAGAGCAAGUUCACUUCUAAGCAUGAAGUCAUCAAACGUGGAAAGGACGUUGAAGUGAAGUUGGAGAACUUGAAGUUAGGAAAAGAAGAUGUGUUACGCGUAGUUGUCAUGGCUCCUAUUCGACCACAUGAAGGUAUCACCGAACCUCAAGAAGUUGAGACUAAGGUCAAGAAAAGUGGAAGCAAGUACGAGGUUUCUUUCAAGCCUGCAGAUGUUGGUACUCACAAGAUUUUUGCUUAUGUGAAUGAGGUUCCUCAUCCAUCGUCGCCUUACGCCAUUCGAGUUUAUGAUGCUUCUCAAAUCAUUGUUGGCGAAAUCCCAACCCAAUCCAGAUUGAACGAUACCGUAGAGUUCACAGUUGAUGCUGGAAGAGCUGGUUUCGGUAAUCUUGAGAUGGCCAUCAAAGACUCCGAUGGGGUUAUCAUUCCCUCCCAUGUUACACAACUCGAGACUGGGUCUGCCAAGUUUUUGGUCACCUUCACUCCAGCUACUAAAGGACAAUACACUGUUAACAUUACUUUCAACAAAGAAGUUCUGAAGAAUUCUCCUUUCGAAGUUCAGAUUGUCGAGAGUGUUCAACCCGCAGAUGCCACUCUUGUAAGCGCAGCUGCUUCAGCUGCUACAAGCCCUCAGUCUCCUCCGUUAUCUAAAAAGGAGUUGAAGAAGGAGAAAGAAGAAAAGAAAAGAGAAGAGAAGGAACGAGCCAAGAGAGAGAAGGAAGAGAAAGCGGCUACCUCAAAGGGCAAAAAAGGCAAAGCUAGAAGCAUCUCCAAGACAGCUGUAACCAAAAUACCUUCCUUAUCCCGUGUUCAACAGCCUUCAAGUAUCCAUAUUGAAGUAGCUGGCUCAGAAGAACUUUCUAUCACCGUUACCGAUAAUAAGAAGCGUGAGCUCCCUACUGAAGUUUCUGAGCUUGAACCUGGUGUUAUGCAAGUCAACUUUGUUCCUGUCGAUGUCGGAGAUCAUGAAAUCCAUGUGAAGUAUGGUGGUGCUCCUGUAACAGGAAGUCCAUUCACCUGUCGUGCUUACGAUCCUACUAUGAUCCGAGUUGGAACCAUUCCCAAAGGAUUGGUUGACAAACCAGUUUAUUUCACAGUCGAUGCUUCUGAAGCUGGAGUUGGAAACUUAGAAGUUGCAGUCAAUGAAGGACGAGUACCUUCUAUGGCUCAUGCUCUAGGACAACAUAAGUAUGACAUCUCCUUCGUCCCUAAGGAUAAUUCCGAUCACACCAUAACUGUCCGGUUCAACAACGAACCAGUUCCAGGUAGUUCUCCCUUCACAUGCCGAAUGAUGGCUACACCACAAGCCACAGCUACCGGACCCGGUCUUGAACGUAUUGCUGUCGAUGAAGAAACUCAGAUUGUCCUGCAAACCAACGGUCCAACCGAAAAUCCACCUGAAGUUCGUGUACGAGAUUCUCAAGCCAACGACUUGCCAGUAAAGAUCAGUAAUAACAAGAAAGAUCCCGCAUUGACUGUCAUCAACUUCACCCCGAAAUGUGUUGGAAACCACCAAAUUGAUGUUUCUCUGGAUGGAGAGCCUAUUGCCGGAUCUCCCUUCACAGCCAAGGCUUAUGACGCUCGUCAAGCUAGACUAAGUCCCUGUGAUCGCUCAGUUGUUGGAAAGCCAACGACUUUCACCAUAGAUGCUGCCCGUGCCGGCGCUGGAAACAUGGAAAUUAUUGUCUCUGUUGAUAACAGAAACGUUCCAAACUUCGUACAAUCAGAAGGACAAGCCAAAUUCAAAGUUUCUUUCACACCUCAAGAGCCACGUGAACAUGUCAUCAGCGUAAAGUUCAACGGAGUUUCCGUUCCAGGCUCUCCGAUGACUUGUCCUGUUGAAUCAGGUGUUAGCGGAAGUAACACUCCUGUGUUAAUGUCUGCUAGUCACGCAGGUUCUGCUCCACCCCAGAAAAGAGAAAAGUUAGGUUUAGGAAAAGAAUUAGCUGGAGCUCAGGUCGGUCAAAAGAAAGGAUUUACAAUCGAAAACGUUGGAGGUCGUGCAAAGGACUGCAAUGUUAUAAUCAUAGCUCCUGACGGAUCAACGGUGGCCAACGAAGUAGAGCAGAAGGACAACUCAUUUUUAGUAUCUUUCGUUCCAAAUAUUAAAGGUAAACAUGAACUAAGUGUCAAGCUUGAUGAGGAUUCACUCACUAGUGAACCCAUCACGUUCGUUGUUCGUGAUGCUCCUUUAUCUCUUCCUCCUGUCUGUAUAAUUGGGAAGAAGUAUAGCUUCGAUAUUGAUGCAAGUGAUAAAGAAACAUUGCAAGUAGAUAUUCGUGACCCCGAUGGAAAAUCUCAAGCUGUUCUUCUGGAAGGACUCCCAGAUAACGGUGGUGUCAGAGCUAGUUGUCGUUUCAAGGAGAUCGGUGUUCAUACGAUAGCCUGUUAUGUAAAUAACGAGUUGAUUCAAGAUAUAAAAUAUCAAAAAGUUGUUGAUGCUGUCAACGGCGUUCAACUCAUCUCGGAGCUUUCGAAGCAAGUUGUUGGAAUGCCAUCUGAACAUAAACUUCUGAUAGAAUCAGGAAUAGAAACAGAAGUUUCUAUUGAAAUUGAAGGACCUGAUAGGAAUAUUCUCAAUCCUACAUUGAAGAAAGUUUCUGACACGUUAUGGGCGAUCUGUUGGAUUCCAGCUAGCGAAGGACCACAUGAAAUGUCGGUUACUGUUGCUUCCAAUCACAUAUCUGGCUCCCCGUUCCCUGUGGCUGUCUUGGACCCCAGUGCUGUGAGGAUCAUUGGUCUCCGCAGCGAUCGAGUGGGAACUGAGAUACAGUUUAAUGUUGACUACGCUUUGUCGGGAGCUCAAUCAGCUUCAGUAGACGUUCGACACGGCAAUAAGGCCGUUGAGUGUGUUGUCAAAAAAGUCAAACCUGGUCUGUUGGUGUGCUCGUUCGUGCCACAGAUACAAGGCUUACACACAGUUGACAUCAAUAUAGAUGGACUUAUGUUGCCAGAGUGUCCUUAUGAAUGUUUCGUUACUGAUGCCGGCUCUGUUCGAGCUUCGGGAGAUGCUCUCAAGCGAGCUCAACGCGGACGAGUAGCUCGUUUUGAAGUUUCUCUUAACGAUUCAAAGAGAGGCGAGCUCGAUGUAUUAGUUUCAGAUCCCAAGGGUGGUCCUGUACCAGUUCGUUGUUACAAACAACAAGAUGACAGCUACUGGGUAGAAUUCACUCCAGAACAAACGGGAACUCACACCAUAGAAGUGACAUUUGGUGAUGUUGCUGUCGCUGGAUCUCCAUUCCGUUGCGAAGUUGUUGAUCCAAAAAGAGUCCAAGUACGAGGAGUCCCUGAAAGUAUUGUUCUUCGUCAUGCUACAACUAUUAACGUCAAUCGUGGUGAAGCUGGAGUCGGAGACUUGCAAGUGGAUGUCACUGAUCCUACUGGGGCUCCGCUCAAGUUGGACUUCCUCAAGUCUCCUGGAGGAGAAGACCGUUAUACAUUCUUACCCAGUAAAACCGGUCCUCAUAAGAUCAAUUUGAGAAUGUCAGGGUUCCAAGUACCAGGUUAUCCACAAACUGUACAAGUGGGAGAACAAGAAUUGCCAACAGUCUACGGAGCAGCCAUUGAUCAAUCAAUCAAGAUCAACGAACCAGCCAGCUUAAUUUUCGAUCCUAAAUCCAUGCAUGGAGGCUUGAAGAUAUACGUAACAGGACCUCAAAACACUAAAAUCCAUCAUAACGUGAUGCGAAGACCCAAUGGAACAUCUGAAAUUGUAUUUUACCCUGAAGAAGUUGGUGUUUAUAAGGCGAAUAUUGACUUCAACAACAAACCACUCAAAGGUAGUCCGUUCUCCGUUCAAGUCGUUGAUCCUUCAAAAGUUAUCGUGAAUGAUCUGGAUAUGGACCGUGAUGGCACUCUGCUUCUACGUUUAGGACAUCAUAACAUGUUUGACGUGGAUGCUACUGCAGCCGGACCCGGCAAACUUCGUGCCGAAGUUCGAGAUGCGGACAACGUUUUGUUGCGCGAAGGUCCGGAAGUCGAUGACCUAGGAUACGGCAAGUAUCGUGUGUCGUUCUCUCCGCGUCAACCCGGACGAUAUUCAAUUUUCCUCUUCUGGAACGAAUUACCAGUAGAAGGAGCAUAUCCCGUUCGUGCUCGUUCUGGAAAUGAUGAAAUGCCAUCUACAUCAAAACAUCAUGUCGCUCACACCCAACAAUCAAUGUCUCAUGUUGCUCAAGAUUCCACAGGCACUCCAUCAUCUCCUGUGAUGCAUAAAAGAGACAAAUCAGGCUCUUCCGCGAAUGUAAUAGCUAGCGCUGACGAUGACAUUAGCCGUAUUAUGGUUCGAGGAGAUGGAUUACACCGUGGUGUUUUACAAGAACCUAAUGAAUUCAUAGUAGAUGGUAGUGAUCUUUCCAAAGAGGGACGUUUAACAGCAAAUCUUUAUGGCCAGAAGGCGGAUGUACCUGUACGUAUUCAACAAAUCGGACACAAUGUUUUCAAGGCAAACUACACUCCCAUGACUCCUGGAAACUAUGAAUUAAACCUCCUAUGGAACGGUCGUCAUUUAUCAGGAUCUCCUUACAAGGUCUCUGUUGAGUCUACUACCACUCCAGCCGAUCUGAUAAUCGUUGAUGCAUCCACUUUGAAAAUCGGGAUAAUUGGAGAAGAGCUCAAAACAGUUAUUGAUACCAGAAGAUCUGGACCUGGACAACUGUCUGCACAAUGCAUGGGUCCUGUCAAACUUGCUUACUGUGAAUUAUAUGACCAUCGUGACGGAACGUACACGUUGAACAUUCGACCAGCUGAAGUUGGCAAGCAUACACUCACCAUCAAGUAUAAUGACGUCCAUGUUCAUGGAAGUCCUUAUAUAAUUCAUGUAUCUAAUCCUCCGGAUCCUUCCAAAGUUCGUGUCUAUGGACCAGGUGUUGAACACGGAAUUCUAUCCAUGUUCAAAUCAAACUUCGUAGUUGAAACAAGGGGAGCGGGAGCUGGUCAGUUAACUGUUCGAGUGAGAGGUCCUAAAGGAGCUUUCAACGUCGAAAUGCAACGAGAAAAGAAGAACGAGCGGACGAUUCACUGUAAAUAUGAACCACGCGAGCCCGGAGAUUAUCAAGUCGAAGUAAAGUGGCAUGGCGAACAUGUUCCGGACAGUCCAUUCCUUGUGAUGAUCGUUGAUACUGAACAGGAGCUUUCUCGAUUUUUACGAGGAGAAGCCCCCUCUCCAUCACCAGCAACACCUUUCAUACCUCCCGGAUGGGUUGGACCUCCACCAAUUUUCGCAGGUGGCAUGGGAGGACCUCCAGGAAUGCGGGGUCCACCAUAUAUGAUGGGUAUGCCUCCACCUCCUCCAAUGGGUCCCAUGGUCCCAUAUGGCGUCCCACCUCCACCACGCCAUAAAGGAAAGUAUCAUUAA